AUGGUCGGAUACGUAGCGCAACAGCCGCUUUCUGAGCUGCCAGAGCUCGAGGCUGACGUGCCGAUGCUGCCACACCUCAAGCUGGCAACGCAGGAUUGGGGGCGCAUGCUCUGGGUUGGCGGUGCCGGCACAUUCACGCCGCUCCAUCGCGACCCACACCACAAUCUCUUCUCGCAGCUCGUCGGGCGCAAGCGCGUGCAUCUCUUCCCUCCUGCCUGCGCGGCACACCUCCAUCUUCAUGCUGGUGGGCCGCUGCAGAACACUUCGCGGAUCGGGUCUGAAGAGCCCUUUCUGCAAGCGCAAUCGGACGGUGCCGAGACCGAGCUAUGGGACAUCGAACAAGCGCUGAGCCACCCGGACGCCAAACAUGUCGUGCUGGAGCCGGCAGACGUGCUGUUCAUCCCGAAGAAGUGGCUGCACUGCGUCGCGGGCCUCGACGACAGCGCCAGCGUCAAUGCUUGGUUCCACUAG